GCUAGGCUGGCAGGGUCGUUUCCGGGAGGCGGAGCUCAGACCCUAUUUCCUUUCUCCUCCGCGGGCUCGCGCUAGCUUGGCGGUGGGAUCCCCUGGCUCCGGGGUCUCCUACGCCAGGCCCAGCGCUGCGCCCCAGCACCGGCGGCAGCAUGGGCGGCGCCCGGGACGUGGGCUGGGUGGCGGCGGGCCUGGUCCUCGGGGCCGGCGCCUGCUACUGCAUUUACAAGCUGACGCGGGGGCAGCGGCAAGGUGGCCGCGGGUUUCGGCUGCGCCCCUCGAGCUCCGCAGAAGACUUAACCAAUGGUUCCCAUGAUGAUGUCCUCAACGUUGACCAGCUCCAGAAACUCCUCUACCUGCUUGAGUCAACUAAUGAUCCUGUAAUUAUUGAAAGAGCUUUGGUCACUCUGGGUAACAAUGCAGCCUUUUCAGCUAACCAAGUCAUUAUUCGUGAAUUGGGUGGUAUUCCAGUCAUUGGAAGCAAAAUCAACAAUCCCAACCACAGUAUUAAAGAGAAAGCUUUAAAUGCAUUGAAUAACCUGAGUGUGAAUGUUGAAAAUCAAGUCAAGAUAAAGGUAUACAUCAAUCAACUUUGCAAGGAUGUCCUCUCCGGGCCCCUGGACUCUGCUGUGCAACUGGCCGGACUGAGAUUGUUGACAAACAUGACGGUCACCAAUGACCACCAGCACAUGCUUCGCAGUUACAUCACAGACCUGUUCCAUGUGCUGCUUACAGGAAAUGGAAGUACCAAGGUUCAAGUUUUGAAACUGCUUGUGAACUUGUCUGAAAAUCCAGCCAUGGCAGAUGGACUACUUAGUGCCCAGGUGGACUCCUCAUUCCUUUCCCUCUAUGACAGCCACGUGGCAAAGGAGAUUCUUCUUCGAGUUCUUACGUUCUCCCAAAAUAUAAGUAACUGCCUCAAAAAAGAAGGCUGCUUAGCUGUUCAGCCUACUUUCCCUAAAGGUUCCUUGUUUUUCCUGCUAUAUGGAGAAGAAUGUGCCCAGAAAAUGAGAGCUUUAGCUGAACACCAUGAUGCAGACGUGAAGGAAAAGGUAACGGUCCUACCCAGGUUCUGAUGGUGGCAGUUUUCAUCUUCCAGCUGCCAAAUCUAAACAGUAGAUCUCACGUUUCAUCAUUAACACAGCUGGACCCUGCCAUGGUCUUCCGGUUUAUUUUGAACCACUUUAUUGAUCUCAAAUGAAUAGAAGAGCUUGUUCUGAUAUCAUUUCAUUUUGCCGUUUGCUGAGUUUACUUCAGUUACCUCCUUGAUGUGACCAGCCAGUUGCCUUAUUUACGGGUAAGCUAACCUCCCGCCCGUCUGAGACCGCAUUCGUGUGUGACUGGCUGGCUGGUUCAGGGCUGCUGCAGGAGCGACCUUGGUCUUGCGCUUGUGAGGAGUUGCGCAGACAUACCGCUUUCCCAAGUCUAAUCGGAGUCAGACCGGCUUCUCGUCCUCACCACGUCCAUUGGGUGUGGCGGGCUGGGGCCAAUCUGAUUGUCCAUCUGUAGGCAACUGGUGAAAUCAGUUAUCUUAAAAGAAACAAGGAAGCCUGACUGUGCUUAUGUAGAAAGGCCUCCAGAAAAUGUGGAUGUGUUUUUCAAAUGAAAACUAUGCUUCUAUCCAGAGAACAGUUUCUAGAAUGAUAGCCAGAUUCCGGGGAGUGGGACUGAGGAAAGGACCUUUUUAUAUAUACCUUCUUCUACUGUUUGAAUUUUUUUAACCAUCAGCAUAAAUUUUUUAAUUUUUUUUAAAUAAAAAGGAAAAAGGUUUCUACACAUUUUUCUCUUAAUAGUACUUUAUUCAUUAAUUUUCAUAUUUUACAUAGCUGAGAUUUUCAUACAUUGUAAAUUUUAGUCAUUGUCACAACAGCUUAUGGAAUAAAAAUAUUAUUAACAGACUUCAGUUCAGCCAGGUAUUCUGUAAUAUUCCAGUUCCUCCCCAUCACCAUGCCCGGUACGAGGCAAGUCAGUGUGCAGGCUACAGCUUUCCUGCUCCAGGUAUUUAAGGCAAAGCUGUGCGAGUACGUUAGUUCUCAUUUGUACAUACGGGGAUUUCCAUAGGAAGUCACAAAUCCUCAAACAAAAAAGUGUAUAUUUUCAGGGCUAGCCUGACACAAAUCAAACUUGCAAGAAGUAUUUUUACAGUAGAGAGGUGAAACCACGGACGUUCCCAGCUGGCUACAGCAGUGGGGGGAUAGAUGCUGGCUGAGAACACUGCUUAGGCUUGCAGUGCUGACAAAAGUCCUUGUUCCCUGAAAGGCACAUUUCUUUAUAAUGAAUUUUUUAAUCUGCCUCCUUAUUUAAUGAAAAUAUAUAGUCAAAUGGGCACCGGAUUAGAAAAUGGAUUGGGCUCUGAUGUGCUUCAGCAGCACUGGAUUCUAAACCCCAUCUCUUGUUUCCUGUUUUUAGUUUGAGUAGCUAAUACCAUUUCCUGGAGAUCAGAGCAUUGAGUCUGAAAUGUCAGAAUGCUAGAGAAAAAAGGGGAGUUCUUUUUAACUACCCUGAUCUUUGUCUGUUGAGGUCAGGGCACAUCUUGGUUUUUGUUGGCUGAGACUCCCCGAGGUGCGGGAUCCCUGCUCUGGGCAAGGAGGAGCCUCUUUACCACAGGGGCUCGUCCGUAAAACCUGUUGGGGUCUAGGGGAUGCCAGCUAAUCAGAAGAGCAAAAUGAAAGUGAUCAGAGACGACGGAGUGAGAGGCAUCACGCCACACCUCAGACUGAAUGGAAGCAAGAGAGUGGAUUUGGCUUAUUUUUCAAAAUUUGGUUUUGCUUUUGUACUUAAACCUUGCAAAAAGGUAGCUAAGUGAAAACAUGGAAGCCACGCGAAACAAAAGGUCAGCAUAGAAAGAAGGUGAAGGGUAACAGAAACUAAAGCUCGCGAUCGGACCUAGGAAAAGGUGGCAGGCCCGUUAAGCGGAACAGGAACAAAGUGCUCGGAGACCUGCACUUCCACAGUACACGUGAAUGCAGGAAUCAUGUUAAGGCCAUUCAUGAAGACAAAGUAAGACGAACUUGGUCUGCUUCACAGAGCAGAGGUAAGAGGUGAAUUCUCAACGCGGCGUGCGACAGCAGGGAAGGUGACCACACAGGUGAGCGUUAGGACACCCAGCCCCCUCCCCCGCGACCUCAUCCCCAUCAACCUACCAGCUCCAUUCCUGUCUGCUUGCUAGGAUGUUCCUUUGGAGUGAAAAGGUUUAGGGCUGUUCUGUUGUUUUUCUCCUGAAGGUUAUGUUACAGGGAAAUUGUGCUUUAGUGCCCCAAAUCACACACAUUCACAUACAUUAUAUAUACACAUUUCCCCUGGACUGAUUUGCAGCUCUAAGAUAAAAAUGCUAAAUUCUGAUAAAGAUCAUUGACAUUUAUUUUGGCUAUCACUCUUUAAAUUUACAAAGGAGACAAAGUUGUCCUCAGGGUUUCAUGUCCUAAAUAUAUAUAUGCUUGAAUCUGCAGCAACAAGACACUAUCAAAAGCAGCAUGAGCCUAUUUUCAGCUUUCAGAGCUACCAAUCUAUAUUAGGCAGUAAUGUCUU